AUGCCAAAACAGCCAACAAGCCCGUAUACAAGCCAGGCCGGUACGAGGAAAAUCCACAUAAGUCAUGACCGACGAAUAACGGCAGCAGAUAUUAUCCCAGAAAAGUUUGAUCGUACAGACUCUGUCUGGGUCCAACGAGGAAAAGGCAGCUUUGAUCAGGCAAUAUUACCAGUGGUUCAGGAGCUUCGAGAUAAUGAUCCAUAUGACUCGCAAACUUCAAGCGAUUAUUCGGAUAACGAAGAGCAAAUCAGACAUGACGGGCUGUCUGCCAUAGAAGAGGGGACCGAUGAGGACGAACCUCAGAGUAAUCUUGAGGGUAAGAAACCCCUAGGAAGACCUGGAAAGGACAGCAAUGUCUCUGAGACUCGAUCACGAGGAAAGUCGAAAUCGGACAAGAUAACUUCCGCCCACCCAUCAGAUGCAAGUCUCGAAGAACGUCUGACUAACAACAAUGGUUCAAUAGCUUCAAGAUCUGAUCAGCUAAUGCAAGAAGAGUUAUCCUUGCAAGAAGCUCCGCGCGCUCCACCCAAGAGGCUUCGAAGGAUAGAGGGAAGAAAUUCUCUAGAUGCAAGCCUAGUAGCCGAUCAAUGGUCUCUAAGGAGAGGCAGCAAAACUGAAGCUCCGGGAGGAAGCGUAAAGGAACGUGCCGCAUCAUUUGCCUCGCUGUCGAGUGUUAUACCUUCAUCUGCAGAAUCCACAGAAAGACCAGCUCGGCCACUGAGAAGUAGCACAAGUCGAUCCUCCAUACAACCCCUCAUCGAAUUUUGGGAUUCCCAUCAAAAUGCGACAGAACGAACGUCCGAUGAAGGCUCAGCGAGAUUACCAGCUGAUAUAUCCAAAAUUGGCAUGUCCCAGCCAAACAUUGUCUUGGGCUGCGAAAACCAAAAAGCUCCAUCGAGCUCCUCAUCGGAAUCCUCUGAGUCAUUAAAGUUGUCAGAUUUGACAGAGAUAUUUGAGGCUGAGGAAGUAGAUGCUACUAAGCCCAGCUCUGACGUGGCAGAGGUGACGAGAGGAUGUUCGACCAACAAAGCUGCUAAAACGGAUGACAAGUCACAGCCUCUCCACCGACCAUCCAUCAUGUGCACAACGGAUCGCCCUUUGGAAAGUCCAAAGCCCAGCAGGAGGCAAUUGUUCGUGCGGAAGGUGCGCAACGUAGCCCUUCCGAUGGCUCUGUUAAAGAUUUUGUUAGGUCGACAAUUGGCUGAGCGGACAAAACCCGGGUUGGAAAUACUGGCAAGAGGCGAGCCACUGAAACCAUUGAAGACCGUUCGGGACAAUUUCUUAUGGAACCCGGUAUCGGAGAUUAUCCUCUCUCCCGGCAGAAUAGUCCAUAUUCGUAUUCCGAUGUGGUUCACACCAUUCUGGUAA